GGUAUUUCUGCGGAGUGGCGCGCGUUAUCGCGAAUUCAGUAGACCUACACACGUACACGUUUAGAAAUAGUUGAAGUGCAGAUGUGACUUAAAAGUGGGGAUAUUCUACGUGCACUUGGCCUGUCCAACGUGUCGUUGAUGUCAGCACGCUGACUUCCAUCGAUGAUAUCCACGGUAUUCAUGGAGUUCAUCAUUUCAGCAGUGCUACAUUUGUGACGACGAGGUCAUAGCCUGCAGAAGUAAGACAAGGAUGUUGUAUUAUUCGUGUUAUGGAUUAACCUGCAUAUACAUCUAGCCUGGUUAAUCAGUGUCUUGACUGCAUAUAUACCAAGCAUCAUUGUAACAACAUAAAACGUUCACUUACGAAAUAUUGUUCCGUAAACGCCUUACCUCCAGAGGUCCGUGUUCAAAAUGUCUCUUGAGGCCAAGUUUCUGGAUGCAGUGGAACAGAACCAGGUGGAAGAGGUUAAGCGGAUUUUGAGCACAUAUGGCGGCAUGAUCAACCUCCAGUGCAGGGACAGUGAAGGUCGAAAUCCGCUCAUGAUUGCUAUACAGGAGGGUUAUUUAGACGUGAUCCAUAUUCUAUUGGAGCAUGAUGUGUAUAUCGGCGACGCCUUACUGAUGGCUGUGGAGGUACAAUUCGCGGGGGCCGUUAAAGCCCUCUGUCGGUACUCGGAGUCCGAGAAAGUUAAGGAGAUUGGGAAGGAUUUCGUGAAUGGUUUUCCAUCCAGUGUGAAUUUCCCGCCUGGUUCGAAUCCACUGCAACUGGCGGCUAUCCUUAACGACUACACCAUCGUAAAGAUUCUGUUGGACUACGGCGCUCGCAUACCGAGCCUAAAGGCUGUCUUGGCCCGCAUCAAAAGCGAUAGCUUCGAAAGAGCCCUGGCUCAGCUACGCUGGUACCAGGCAAUCACAAGCCAAGCCUACCUGCUGUUGGCUAGUGAGGACCCGAUGGAUGCAGCUUUCUGGCUCGCUAAUCAGCUCCGUACCCUGUCCAAUACUGUGACCCAGCUGAAGGAAGAGUACGAAGAGUUGUCAGCCAACCUGGAGCAGUUUGUGACACGUCUCCUGGGCUUCGCUCGUAAUCUCGACGAGAUUGAGGCCGUAUUAGGAGCGCAGCGAUUUGUGGCCGAUCCAAACACGGAAAUCUUCGCCACGCGCCAUGCACUGCCCGUCAGACUACAAGAAGCUAUCAAGUUCGAUUUCAAACGGUUUGUCGCUCACUCAACAUGCCAGGACUACAUGUUGUCCCGUUGGUACAGCGGCUCGGAUGAAACAUGGCGGAAAAUGACCUCCGUUAGAAUGGCCAGCAUGUCCAGCCUCAUCAUGGUCGCGUGGCCUUUCCUCUGUCUCUUUUACAUCUUCACUCCUUGGGGCAAAAUGUCGAAUUUCAUCCGCACGCCUUACGUUCGAUUCUUGCUGCACGCCGGAUCCCGUCUCACCUUCCUGGUACUGCUCCUUUUUACAUCGGUGACCGGACACCAUCUGGAAGUCAUCAAGAGCUCGGUAGACGGAUCGACAGUAAUGUCGUACCGUGUACAUGACGAAUGGCAGUUGAACCAGGCUGUGCCUUGGAUUAUCUUCUUUUGGAUUAUCGGGAUGACGUGGAGAGAGAUGAAAGGAGUAUGGCGGCGUGGAAUUCGCCUUUAUGUAAAAAACGGCUGGAACAUGGUUCAUACCGUGCAGUUGAUGUUCUACUGGAUUUACAUUGCCCUCAGCGUUGUGUCGUACAUAAAGGUGGACUACACUUUCCACGUGUUAGAGUCAGACGGAGGCAAAGAACAACGUAGAAUUCAACGCUGUGAAACUCUGAACCAGCUGUUUCCAGGGGAUAGUGUACCAGCAAGAUGUAUCAACAACUCCACGACAGGCGGAAGUCCCUCCGGAUCCGGACCUCCUAAGGUGAUAUUGUCCCCACACGACCCGCUGUUCAUCGCAGAAGCUGCCUUUGCCAUCGCUAACGUGUUAACCCAGCUGGGUCUGCUUAACGCUAUGGUAGCCAUGAGCUUCGUCGGACCACUCCACAUUUCCAUGGGCGGCAUGGCCCGAGACAUCGGCAGGUUCUUGCUGCUUUUCAGCAUCGUGGGGCUGGCCUUCUCGCUGGGAAUGACCCAGAUCUUCCGAACUUACGAGAUGGUCAGGCAAGAAACGUGCGAGGGAGAGUGUGAGGAUCAUGCCUUCGGAAGCUUGUGGAACUCGAUUGAGACUUUAUUCUGGUCUCUUUUUGACUUGAUGAAUCUCGACAACCUAAAAAUGAACGCCGACUUAGGAUUUUCUCAGGUCGUGGGUACCAUCCUGUACGCUGCUUACUCUUUGGUGGGCGUGGUCGUACUUUUGAACGCCCUUAUCGCUAUGAUGAGCAACACAUACACCCGUGUUGAGGAAAAUUCCGACGUGGAAUGGAAGGUUGCCCGGACACGGUUGAUGACGGAGUAUCUCUCAGAGAGCGCCACUAUACCACCACCUCUCAACAUCAUCCCGUCUAUGAGAAGCGUUCUCAGACUGAUCCAACGCUUGGCGCAUUUCAACAGGGGCUCACGUCCAAAACAUCAGAGGAAAGAAGCUUUGAGGAACUUUCAGCAUGAUGGCUAUCAGAACAUUGUGAGGAAACUGGUACAGCGAUAUCUGUGGCAGGAGAAGAUGAUGCGAGUUCGUGUCAAGCGUAAGGACAAAGUGCACGCGGAGCUGCUUCUCCUUAAAGAUGCUGUAGAGAUGGUUAGCUCCCGUACGUCUGUCUACAAGAAGCGUCGGCUGCAGAACACGAUCAGCGCUGGUAUGUCGGCCGAUCCUUACUUGAAACGGUUCUACAGGCAGAUAUCCGGUGAUAACAUUCGGAAGAGCGUGUCCUUCGAGGAACUAGAAACUUACUUGUAGAGGCUUCCUCUCUGCACGGCUCCGCUGCACACACUGCGAUGCAUUCAACGGUUGGACUCACUGACAAUAUAGACAUCUUGUCUAGUUCGUGCAGGAACAAACGAAGGCGCUGUUUCACACUUGAGGUUGCUUGAGGGCGCUUUCGUCAUGACGCUCACCUUUCAACUGUUGAAAACGAAGGAGAAUUGAAACAGAGACUUAAAUUUAAAAAAUCGACAAGACUGCUGAAUAUUUAUUAAUUAUUGUUACAUUCAAAUUGUGAAUAUGAUGUAAAAUACUGACUACAAUUUAAUGGAGCUUAAUCUUACGUUAAGACUUGGAAACUGCUUUACAAUUUCAUCCGAACUUGAAUCUUUUUCGACACAUUUUUUCGAGAAAUUAGUAUUUCAUUCUCCCUAAUUUUAAAUUUUAUGUCUGAUUUUGAAAGUUAAUGGCAAGCUUUUUAUAAAAAUGUAAUUAUAUACACAUAUACAUGGUGGUGUUCAACUGCAAAACUUAACGUUCUUUUCAGUUAGUUUUAGGAGUACUGGUAUAUCCGAUGGUAAGACAUUUUUGGUUAAAUUAACGUGUUAAUGUUUAACAACUAGUUAAAUAACCCAUUAUACUAUCGCCAGCAAGUAUGUUUAUUAUUCUUGCGAUGGUUGUGAAUAUAAUGUGCAUUUAUGACCGUCGAAGAGCUGUGCGCACAGUAAACAAUUAGUAGGCCCUACUUGUUCAGUCGGCAACUAAACCGAUCAAAUUGGCUUGGAAGAUAAUGUGCUCCUCAUGAGGGCGUGACAAGACACAAUUUUAACUGAAAAGGGCAGUGCAUGUUUUGUUUCCUUCGUAAAUAUGCAUUCGAAUGAAACGUGUACGAAAGACAUCUGUUAUUGUUUGAUCUUAUGGUGUUAUUUAUUUCCAUGAAAAGGGAUUUGGGAAUAAAAAUCUGAAGUUGAAGAUGACGAUGUUAAAUUUUUCUAGCUAAGCUUCAGAAAGGGUCAUUGUAAAUUCUCUUUUUUAUCAUUGCCAGUAAAAUUCAACUUUAAAAUGUCCAUCAAAA